AAAUUGGGUUUGUUACCUUAGUAACUUACAGUUGAAAAACACACACACACACACACACUCAGAGAGUGAGAGUAGUGAGGAGACGACAUGGAAGAGCUCGAUUUGCUGUUGGAGGAGUUGGCUCUGAAUUCAGCAAGUUCACAGAGUGUCGAUGAGAACAGGAACAAUGAUCCAGCUGACGGAGAGGUGUCAGGUAUACUUUAUGCUGGACUUAACAAGAAAAGCAAAGGACCAGGCUGCUCAAAUGUCUACAGUGAUCUGCCAGCUCCUGUGGCAGCUUCCACAAACUCCAGCUCUCCCACUCAGGAGCUGGACUCCAUCUUGCAGGAUCUGAUGACUUUGGGCGAAGGGGAUCCAGCGCCUUCAUCAACCCCACCACCUCUUACACAGAAACAGUCUGUGAAAAAAAAAAGAGCAGAUGGGCAACAAGACAACAAGGCGAGCGGGAGCAGCAGCGGCAGCAGAACAGCAGGUUCAGAUGCAAAGGCCUCGACUACGAGCAAGAAAACAGAUACUAUCGAUGACCUGCUAGGAGGGCUGAGCUCUGACUUGGAGAAGAUUGGUGUACGCACCACAGCCAAGGGCCACUGUGCUUCCUGCAAUAAAUGCAUUGUGGGAAAGAUGAUCACAGCUCUGGGUGAAGUGUGGCACCCUGAACACUUUGUGUGUACUGCCUGUAAGAUGGAGCUGAGCACCACAGGCUUCUUUGAGAGAGAGGGACGGCCGUACUGUGACAAAGACUACCAUGAGCUCUUCUCUCCUCGUUGUGCCUACUGCAAGGGGGCCAUUAUACAAAACAUCCUGACAGCUCUGGGCCAGAACUGGCACCCUGAGCACUUCUUCUGUACACACUGUGGAGGCCUGUUUGGACCUGAAGGCUUCCUCGAAAAGGAUGGGAAGCCAUAUUGUUCCAAGGACUUCUACCACCUCUUUGCUCCCAAGUGCUCAGGCUGUGGGGAGUCAGUGAGGGAGAACUACCUGACUGCAGCCAAUGGCACCUGGCAUCCAGAGUGCUUCGUCUGCUCAGACUGCCUGAAGCCCUUUACUGACGGCUGUUUCAUGGAGUUGGAUGGUCGGCCUCUCUGCUCACUGCACUUCCACUCCCGACAGGGCACACUGUGCGGUGGCUGCGGUGAACCCAUCAUGGGUCGCUGCAUCUCUGCUCUCGAUCGCAAGUUUCACCCCGAGCACUUUGUGUGCGCCUUCUGUUUGAGGCAGCUCAGCCAAGGCAUCUUCAAGGAGCAGAAGGGGAAGCCAUACUGCUCGGUUUGCUUUGACAAACUCUUUGUGUGAGACAUAUGUUACAAAAAAUGCAACAGAAACCAGACAAAUGCUGCAUCAUGUCGUUGAGAUUGAUUGAUUGUUGAGAUUAGAAUUUCCCUUUGAUAAAUAAAAAUUAGGAAACUAUAUUAUUUUUUGUGUGUGUAUAAUUAAAUUUGACACACAUUAUUAAUAGAUUAUGCAGAAAUAUUAAAGGAAAAAUGGUAAAAUUGUAACAUAAUUCAUGACACGUCCAUAAAACUCAAGAAAAACGUUUCCUACGAUAAAAACAUUGAGAAACUUUUUACAUGUGUGAAGUUUGGAUGGUUCUACAAGGUGUACUGCUGACACUUGGGCUAAAUUAUAUGGGAUUUCAUAUAUCAUGAUCACAUAAAAUGUAUAAAUGGAGAAAGAAAAACACAGAGGUGCAGUUUUAAUCCAUGGUUUCCAUUAAACUAUCCUCAGUUUGCCAUAAGACUUGGCAGUCCCGGGAUGUUCGUCAAGGGGCUUGUCUAUGUGGCUUGAUAGCUUGUAUUGGCAGUGACUGGCAUGGAAUUGGUGUGCCAACCCGAGUUUCCUCUUACUCCGACUUACAAUUUGGCCCCUGGCAUGCAUUUGAUUCAAACAACCUCUUCAUGGUCCAACACAGGCUCCUUUAUAGACGCCUAUGGAAGAUUAAUGAAGGUGGUGAGGUGAACAAAGGUGGUUUUAGAAGGAGCUCCUUCACAUCACUGCAUCUCUUCAGCAGCUCACUUUGACUGUUGAGGGAUGAAUCAACCACAAAGUGUUUUUGUGAUGUACCUUGCAUGUCUGGGCUCAAUUUUCUUUUUUACGUUCUUUGCUUGACUCCUACUGAUAACUAAUAAUAUGGAUGGUAUGUCAUAUAUUUGCAGUGUUGUUGGCAUGUAGCAGAGGAAAUGUUUUAUCUAUUUAAAUAUGAAAGAUUUUGUUGUCUGUUCGGCAGAAUGAUAUAACAAAAUAAAUGUCUUGUUUCACCAAUAAAAACUACAUUAACAGCU